AACAGAUGUAAGCAUUGAACAUGCACCUCUACCAGCUCAGAAAAAAGUUGUGCUCUCUCCUUUCCCUGAGCUAGGUUUCUAUUGUAGGCGGUGCAUUCCUUGGGAGGGAGGGUGUGUAUGUGUGUGUGUGGGGAGGGAGCCAUCCCACACUCAAGUGAGCUCUUAUUUAAUGGGGGUCUCCAUGCAGGUCAGAAGACAGAAGAGAUUUUCCUGUUUCCAGCUUUCAUACAGAGAGAGACAUUUACGUCCCACAAAGAGGCAUGGAACAUUUAACUGAACUAACCCUAGAGGAAGCAGCUGCAAGGGCCAAUCAAGAUGCCUGGAUGCAUAUCAAGGAGGAUUUCAGGAAAAUGCGUUGGACUGUGAUUUUUUGCAUGCUGUCUGUGCUUGUUCUAACAUUACCCACAGCCUAUCUGCUGGUUGGAAGUUUCAGAGCCCACAAACCUGGCCUGGAUCAGGUGGCAGAAGAAAGAGCGCCGAAUGCCUUAAAGCAACAGGCAGCAACUACUUAUACAGUAUUCACUGAUGAAAAGCCAAGGGCACACCUAACAGUUAAGAAACAGGACAGCCAAUAUGCUGAAAGAAACCAGUUUCCAGUUCUUCAGUGGGAAGACAAACGAGGCUUGGCAUUUACCAAGAACAACCUGAAUUAUACCAACAAAUCAUUGGUGAUACCAGAAGCUGGAGAUUAUUUCAUCUACGCCCAGGUCACUUUCCGAGGGCCCAUUCCAGACCCCUCUAAUACAGCUUCCGUAACUCAGAUCAUUACCAAAGUCACGGACAGCUAUCCUGAGCCAACUCAACUGCUGACUGGCACCAAGACUCUGUGCGAAAAUACAGAAAACCAGUGGGUUCAACAUAUUUAUCUAGGGGCUGUGCUUCACAUGCUGGAAGGAGACAGACUGAUGGUCAAUGUUAGUGAUAUCAGAUUGGUGGAUUACACUAAGGAACACAAGACUUUCUUUGGUGCUUUCUUACUGUAGGUGUCUGGCAACAGCCAAGAAGGACUUUGACUCCUCAGGGUCCUGAUACUGUAUUCCUGACAUGAGAGUUUUCACAAAUCACUUCAGUGAGUGCAAAAGCAUCUUAUAUUCUCAGUGUUAUUCUGUUUCUGUAUUCUCAGUUACCAGCAGGCUAGGGUAGCCCAUGAUUUAGUUUACCGCUGUGGAAAAAGGUUGAAGUUAGAGGCUGAAUAUAAGCUUAUCAUUAAACCAAGUACAGGGACAAACUAUACUAAAAUAUAUGCAGAGGAGACAGAUUAAAACAUUCCCAAAUUAAAGCUGGGGAUUUCAUAGAUAGCUGCAAACAAAAGGGAGUCUAUAGGUGAGGGGGAAAUACUUAUCUUAAUGUAACCAAAUCUAUGUUAAGUGAUUCCACUGUGAUAAGCAACCUCCUUUUCUUAAGUAAACACUUUAAACUACCCCCAAUGUUUCCAGUAUAACAUUGCCUUGUCCUUUUACAACGAAGAUCUCAAAAAGAUGAAUUGAUAUUUGGUAGUUCCCUAUAAAUAUGUUUGCUCAGUAUUUGGCAAUAAUAUAACACUUAAAUCUUCAAAGCACUGUCCUCUCUUUAUCUGUUUAAUUAAUCCCUCUCAAUUGCUGUGGGAAGUAAAUUAAAAUCAUUUGGAGUUCUCACAAAAAUCACCUAAAUUUUUCUUCCAGGAAGUUGUUUACUAUUCUAUUCUGAACUAAUUUGCAACCUAGGCUGUAUCUCUUUCUAUAAACUGUCUAUUGGAAAAUGUUCAUGGUUUCUUGCAAAACCUCUCAGGAAAAAAAGAAGAAAUGUUAGCACUGGUUGAAAAACUGGAAUAUGAGAAGAAGCUUUUCAUAUAGUCUCAGGCUUUUUUCUGCUCAUCCUUCAUAAAAAUUGAGCAAAGACCACUGCAAAAAAAUCAAAUACUAAGAAUGUCAACCUGGUCUAUAACAUAAAUGAUUCCUGAUUUUUCUUUGGUGGGGGGGAGGGGAAGGGAAGUAGAUGGGAGAAGGGAACAACUAUAAUAUCUUAGAAGUGUCACAUAAUGGGUGCCUAUACACAUGCCCAACGCCUGCUCCGAUUUGUUCUAAUUUGACACAUUGAACAAGCUUGAGUUAAAGUGCCUCUGCUGCCAUUUUGAAGCACAGGGUGCUGAAUACAUGAGAAUUUGUGGGUGCUUUAAUUAGAGUGGCUCCUGAGAACUGUUCUAAUUAAAGUGCCCCUCCCCUCCGCACCUGGAGCAUGUGGAAAGACGCCCAUUGAAUACAAAAAUGAUUUUUUUUCUUUUUAAACUUUGAAGGUGUUACCUUCUCUGAAACCAGGUUAUCAAAGCAAAGGAAGCUUCAGUUUUCUUUAGGGUGUUGAGACUGUAGAGAAAGAACAAGAGCCACUGGGUGCCAGAGUGAGAUAAGAGUCAAUAUCAAGGCUACUGUGGGCAGUAGCAGGGGCAGACAGGGGCAAGAACACUACUCAGGAACACUUCAUUUCCAGUGCCAUCAGCUUUUUUAGGCUCAUGGUUCUCAACCUGUGUUGCACAGAUCCCUGGGGCUCCACAAGAGGUCAUCACGGCUUCCACAAAGAGACUGGGGGUAAUGGUGGAGUGGGCCAGAAGACAGUGCAGCAGCAUUGUGGGGCCAGGUCACCUGGCUCCAUAUCAAUAUUUAGGAUAAAGGUAGAGGUUCUCUAGUAGAAGAAGAGAUAUGAAAGGGUUAUGUGUCUUCAGGAAGUUUGAAAACCACUAUUUUAUACCAUAAUGUCUCUGAGGGAAAAUCCCUGGCAUUCCCUCCCCAACCACUAUAAAUAAUUCACUGAUGAUGACUCUAAUCAAGUUUACUAGACUUACAUUUUAUAUUCUUAAGAAUGUCUAAGUUUCAAAAACAGUCAAGUAAAAACAACAUUACUAAAAGCACCCCAGUUUGCAACCUGAGUUCUCUUAUCUGAGGAACUUCCUCCCUUUUCAUUUUUUUCUUCCAUAUGUCCAGAGAAAGUAACCCUGCAUGAUGUAUGAACUCAAAGUGCUUUCUGAAUGCCAUACAUCUAAGAGACUUUCCUCCCAAAGCAAGUAGAUACAGAUAUCAUGCAAGUAUUACAUUGCAGAACAUUACAGAAAUAGCUUCCAGAGGCAAAUUUCAACUAAGGCUAGCAGAAAUAUUUCAACUUAAGGUCAAACAAGGAGUGUUUUUUGAGAUCAACUCCAAAAAUCUUAGAAUUAUAGUGGUCCUGAGAAUAGAGAAUGGGAAAAACAAUGAUGAGACAAUUGAUUUAAAAAUUGGCAUAUACUAUUCUGAAUUCUUUUGAAAAAAUCUGGCCCCCUUUUUGAUGGCCUAGUAAUGGGAGCAGGCAAUUCCCCAUAGGCUGAAUUUAGCACAUCUAUGAAAUAUAUGCAGCUUAUGACUGGAGAAGGAUUGGAGGGGCAGUGCCAUGAUUCAAGCAGUCCCAUAACAGUUUUAGAAAUUCACAGUGUUUUCGUUCUAUAAUGAGGUGCUGUGGAAUUGUUCUUUGAUCAUAAUGCAGUCCCAAUAAAUUAGAUUUCUACUUCUGAUUUCCAUAUCUUUAUCUCUAAGUCCUCAUGACUUUAUGCCUGGUGCACUAAAUCAGAGUGAAACAAGUUUAGGGAAAAGAAGUGUUACAUGCAGGACUUGGCACAUCAUAAAGAGCAGAGUCCUAUGGGAUAUGUAUAUUCUGCUCAUGUCUUAAGAAGCCCUAGAGCAAUAAUAAGUCUUUUAUCUCAUGAGACAAUUUCUAGCCACUGCAUAUUCAUCAUACAUUUAACAGCUAAAAAUAUUGCCUGCUGCAACCCUAAAUUAGUUGUCAGUCCCUUUUAUCCAAUUAGCCACAGCACAAACAAAUGUUUACUUUUCAAGAGUCUAUAAUCAUAGUCUUACUUAGUAUAAUCUUUUAUAUGCAACAUUAUUUUCAUUAGAAUUGCUUUAGAUGUGUUAUUUGACACGUGCAUAUAUUUAUGCUGUCACAUUUUACAUAUGCAAGCAUUUUUUCUUGCGUCACUUGUUUUAGAGUGGUGCAGACCUAUUAACCCACACACAGUCACUAGUGAAAACUUCCUUUGUUGUCUGUGGAGGGUGAUCUUAUAAUAGUAUAUAUAAAGAGAAACAGGUUCUGAGCUCACUUAUACUGGCCUCUAUUUGGCAUAAAUCCGGUGAAGUCAAUAGAGUUAAAUGAAAGCAGAACCAAUGUAGCUGAGAAAGCAACCACGCCAAACAAAUGUUUGGGAGGGAUGGAAAAGCAUGUAAUUAAUGAUAAAGAGUUGAUUGAAACGUUGAGACUGUCAAGUAACUCAAAACCAAACUUUAGAUUAUUUUUCCCCCAAAACUAUGCAGAACAUUUUCUCAGAAAGUUUUCAAAUGCAGUAGAAAUAUUUCUUAGUUUUAAAAAUCCCAACAUUUCUGGAAACCCAAAUGCAUGUGCAUGUUUCUAAUUAAUAAGACAAUGAAACUAAAACCAUGUGAAUAUUUGUUUGUUCAAUUGCGCUGCAAAAUAGAAAAUAUCUAUGUAAAGGAGGUUGUCUUGAACAAAUCUGAAACUAAAUUUGUUUCUAACCUUGUCCCAAGACAAAUCUCUUCUUUUUGUUUAGCUAACUAAAUUUUUAAGUCCAGUCCAAACUUGGCUAGGUACAGACAUUCAAAAAGUCUGAGACAGAAUCAAUCUAAGUUACACAGUUUUCUGUAAGUGGCGUAGUUUACAUCGGUAACUAACAGAAGACACGUUUGCCCUUUGGUAGGGGCCAGGGGCGGCAAAUCUUAGACUGGGUUCUGACAUUUUUAAACCAGUCUAUGUGUGCUGAACUUCUGUUAUGGAUAUAAACUGGUUUCUGAUCAUUUACACCAGUAAAUGUGCAAUGUCUGUACCUGGCCCUUAGGUUUGUCUUGUUAUCAAGGUUUUGAUUUUAAAAACAAAAACAAGACCUCCCCCCCCCCCUUACUCAGUUUUGGCUGUAAAGAAAAAAAGUUGUUUUGUUGUUCUUUUUUCUGAAGCAAGGGCUUGAAACACUGCAACCCUACCCUGUGCAAACCAAUCUCCUGAAUUUGAGUAAUAUUCAUUAGUAUCACACUCAUCUUCCUCUCCAAAAUGGCAUUUUUUUAACACAAACUAAAAUAUCUUACUUUACCAGUAGUAAGUGAAACUGACUGUGCCUCGGUCCAAUAAAUACUUGUGCAUACUUGGUUUUGGGAAUGUGAACAGUCCUACUGAUGCUAAUGGACUACAGAAGUAGCCCUACUGAUACUGAGAUGAUUCAAACCUUGGUCCAAGUAUAAGUGUUUGCACAAUCAGGAUCUAUAAGCAUAAAGUGAAAUGAUGAGUAAAUGAAAUGCAUAAAGGAAGCCAUCUUCACAAAUGGAAAAGAUAAUUUUGUGUUUAAUAUGCUUUAGAUUGUGAACCUGAAAUACAAUUCUGUUGGGAGAUGCCUGGUUAUAAAGGGAAACUGAACAGGUGCAAAAAUUAUUUGCACAGGUCAAGUUGCCUGAUUAAGGCAUUAACAUGUCAUUCCCUGAAGUGUUAUUAACAAAACAGAUUUGGACAAAUUUUAAAGAAAUAUGAUUUUUUACUUGGACAGUGUGAACCUCCAACGCACGACAUGCUGUGGUUUACAAAUAUCCUGGGUGGCCCAUCAUUUCAAAUGUGAAAUGAAAAAAAUGUCAUUCUUUAAAAGAAUCAGACUCUGAAUGUCAAGAAUGUUUGCCCAAAUCUGGGUGUUAGCAACAAGUAUAGCAUUUUGCUAUAGAAGUGUAUUUUCAUAUAAGUGACUAUGUAUUGUCUUAUACUAGAGUACUGUUGUGCUUCUUUCGCAGUAACAUAGUCUUUGUGUAGCAUUUUCACAUUAUUAUAAUAAAAAUACAAGAUAAUGAUAUGUGACUAUUUCUUAGCCACCUCUGGCUAUUGAAACAUCUGUUCAGUCCAGUUGCACUGACUAAUACAUGUGAAAUAUAGAUGGUGUCUCAGAAAAAUAACAUUUUUAAUGUACCAUGUGUGAAUAAUACCAUUUUAAUGUGCAGCUGAAAGCAAAAACAUUCCACCAAGGCAAAGGAUCUCAACAAGUGUUAACUCGUUCCAAAGAAAUUGGAAAAUAUAAAGCUACUAUCCCAGGGGGAAUAUUUAUCAUUGUGUUACCAGACAAAAGGUGGAUAAAUAGAAGUCAGACUUCUUGAUCUGUCUUUUUGGAAAAAUUAGCCUCUUUCUUACAUCAGAAUUGAAAGACUGGGCAGGAAAGAUUCAAACAGAUUUUUUUUCUGUUUCACUUAUUCCACUUACAGGCAGAGGAAACAGUGGUUUCUUGCGGGGGGUGUUUUCUUGGUGGGGGAAGGGUUGUGUGUUAAGAAAAUUCCUGCUCCACCCAAACUUCAAAACCAACUACCUGAGAAGGGCAGUGGCAUUUCUAUUCAGACAGUGCUGAGAGAGUCAAUUGACUUCAUGGCUCAUUAUCAUCUCCCUUUUCCAGUUAAUCUCUCCCCCCCUACACAGAUGUUAAUGGUCUUGAUAUUUCACUUUUCAAAUUAUCUUUUCUUCUGCAAUUUUGCUCUUUGUUAGCCAUUCCUGGUAAUUUCUGUCUUGUAUUUCACAGUCCUGCAAAAACCUAAACUCAGGCAUGGUAAUAUUAACUUAGGUAUAGAAAUGAAUGAUAGGGAGGUAUUGGGGGCACUGUCAAGAUGAUCAAGAAGGCUAGGUUUUGUUUUAUGGAUCUGAAUAAGAGAUGUAUAUUCACCUAUAAUGACUACAGGACUAAUGAUACAAUGUCCUUUAAUUAUUUUUUGCCUAGUUAGCAAAGUUGGGCACAUUCCAAAAGUUAUAUUUGUUUUUUACUUUGAUCUUAAACUGAAUAAAAUAGUGCUAGCCCCGUAUUGGUAAAAAUUUGAGUUUCUCUUUAAUUGUAGAAAAAAUGUGUGUUAUGUUAUAUGUGAUAAUGUACCAUGACAUCUGCACCCCCUCCUCCUUUUCAAAAUCCUAGAUUUGUCCAUGUGAACAAAUGUAAACCUGCUUAUUAAUGUAAAUCACCUGUUAGGUCAGUUGCUCAAGUGAAAAAUGUUUGCUUUAAUCAUAGCUAGCUUUAAUGUACAUUGCUUUCAUGUACAUUGGAUGCUAGAAACAGGGUGUUUUCCAAAUACUCUGUUUUGGGUGACUACACAAAAUUCCCAUAUGCAAUUUUAACCAGAAGAUGAUCACAUAUCUAUAUGAAGGCAACAAAGCCUUUUUGUUCUAGGUAUUCUUAGUUCAGAUUUAUCUCACACAAUAGAUUUCAGAUCAUUUCAAUGUAAUGGCAACAUUUGUUAGAUUUUCGUCUUAUUUCCUGGUCAAGUUUAUUUCUAAUUACUAUUUAUGUUAAUGCAGAUGCUGAUGGAGAGGCAGUUGAGAUUAGAAAGGCUAACCCCAUUAGGCGUAUUUAGGAUUUUUAAAAUUUUCAUUAUUUCAACACAGUUUCAAAUAAGGUUGAUGAAGGUGGGCAGGCUUUCCUUCCCACCUCCAUUAUAGUUUCAUAGUAGCUAGGGUCCGGAGGGACCUGAACAGAUCAUUUUCCCUGACCCCCUGCCACGGGCAGGAAUGAAUGCUGGGUUCACAAGACCCCAGACAGGUGAUCAUCCAACCUCCUCUUGAAUUUGCCCUAGGGGCAAGGACCACUUCCCUGGGAAGUUGGUUCCAGGUUUUGGCCACCCUAACUGUAAAAUAUUGCCUUCUGAUCUCUAACCUAAACCUGUUCUCCCUCAGCUUAUGACCAUUGUUCCUCGUCACCCCAGGUGGUGCUAUUAUACCUAUUAUAGCUCAUUAUAAAGAAGGGGUUUGCCUUGAAAUUCUCUUUGACAGAAAGUUGAUAUCAAGUUAUUCCUCUCCUUAGUGUAACAUUCUUAAAUUAUUUUUGAUCUGAUGAUUGACAGUCUCAGUAGAAUAGGGCUGAGCGGGUCACUGAGACCAAUAAACUUUAAGCAAGAUCCUAUCUGACCUAUCAUGCAUCUAAGUAGUCUUAGGCACCCAAGUGUGAUCCUGUUCCACUCUGCUCAAGUCUGUGAAAAAGCAUUCAUCUACCUUUGUAUAACACCAUCAUCUUAGCCUUUGUCUGAAGGCUAAAGAUUUAGAAAUUCAUUUUCUAAAGAGGGUUAAGUACAGAACUAAGCAGUAUUUAUGUAUAGUCCUUAAUAUCAAAACUACCUUGAAGGAAGGGAAGGCCUUUGAUUCCAUGAAUACAUGUUAUUCCAUGGAAUUCACCCACUAGGGCAGGGCAUUCUCCACAAAUUAAAUUUUAUAAGCUGCAGAACCAUCAUUAUUGUCUCCUAAAAUGAUGGACACUAACCAAUAAGCUAAGCUAAGCUAAAAUGUUUGACCAGUCUGUUUCAUUGGCCCUCAGUUGCUAUCCUGGUUGGCACUUUUUCCAAAAGAAGCAGAUAGUACCAGUAUCUCAGUUUACAUUUAAAUAGUUCAUGAGCUCACUCUUGCAAGGCCUUGGUGCUAAUUAUCCUCAGCUCUCGCUGUCUUCAACAGCAGGUGAAAGAACCCAAACCACUGUAGCAGGACUGAGUCCCUUAGGCCAGCUACUUCAUGAUACUCAAUCAGAAAAGCUGAGGUCCUGGGUAGGCAACUAAGGCCACCUUUUAUGCACACAACAUCCAGCAGUGUCCACAGUGAUGCCUAUCACCAAGAUUAUCAAAGGUGCUAAGCAUCCAAAAAGCUAGGUUCUUCUGAAGAUCUUGACACUACUUACUCCCCUAUGGUGAUAUGUGAGUUACUGCUGAGUGAAGCAUGGCAGCUAGUUUUGGCAAGAGUCAGUUUCAAACUCAUUAAUUUGUGACUCAUUACCGCAACGUACUUGGGGAAAAUCAUGAAAGACGUUACAUAAUAAGCAAGUUAUAGACCAUAUUAUAUUUAUUCUUUCAGACUUGUAAAUUAAGCUACCAUUCCAGUUUCUGUCAUGUUUAUGCUAAUCAAAAUGUAUACUUUCAUUUUUCUUAAAGUUUUAUAUUAAAACAUCAAGAAACCCUCUGAAAGUGCACAUUGUAUAUUUAUAAAGAGUGCAUGCAUACAACUGGUAUAUCUUCAAUGUUUAUGUAGAAAAUUAAUGUUAAAUGGCAACAUGAUACAAAAUUGGACUUUAGAACAUCAUAUUUAGUUAUUUCUUUUAAGGUAGCUUUAAUGCCUUCACGAUAAUAUAAUUUAUAGUUUGUUGAACAGUUUUUAAAAACUAUUUUGUUACUUUUUCCAAGAAUAAAACAUUUAUAUUUGAUUCACUAUAA